UUGGUGGGCGUCCACGCUUGCGUUUGGGGCUGUCCACAGGGGUGUCUUCUGCCAUUCUUGUCAAGUCUGACUCUAGGACAAAAUAGAUAUGAAUAUUAGUGCUACAGCAAUGAAUGGCCCACUUGAUUUCUGGAUGAAAAGACUAAAAAUCAAGCAAAAUAAAGUUGGAUUCCAAUCAACUAAUGAAUCACAUUUUGGCCAAGAAUAUCUACUUGUAUAUAUUUAAUAGUGUAAGCAACGAGCUGAUAGAACAGUGUGAAAGAACCUAUCACGCAAGUCAAGAAAAGAGAACAUCAACCAUAACCACAAAAAUGGAUCUAAGAAUGUCCAGACCUGGUGAAGGGGAGUAUGAACCUCUUGCCGACAGGCCUCUGUUUGGUGAGGCAAGGCCAAGGGAUAGGAUGAUGAACAUAAUGAUAAUCUUCGUUACAACAUUGUUGGUGUUGAUCACAUCAAUAAGUGCCUUCAUUCCCUGGCCGAGCUUCCUAGACAUUUUCUUCGUGUUCUGCAUUAUUAUCAUUUGCAUCUCGCAUCUUACACUGAUUGUGUGGUAUAGACAAGGUGACCUGGAUCCAAAGUUCAAGAAGCUCAUUUAUUUCAAUACUUUCUGCAUUAUAAUGCUGUGCAUAUGUGCAAACAUCUUUUUCCAUGUUAAAUAAAUUGUGUUCACUUCUCAUAUUGUUGACUCUGCAUAGUGUAUAUGAUGUGAGGUGAUGUAUAUUGUAUGAUACAACCACUGAGCUUAUGAUUUUGUUGCACUUUUUCUCAUGAAUGCUGUCUGUGGCAUUGAGUAAUGGACUGCUUGUUGUGAGGUAUAGGAAUUUGAUAUGUAUAUAUUUUUUAUAUUUGAAUGAUUGUUGUAGAAUUACUUUUUCACAUUAUAGGGCAGUAAACACAUCAUGGUGCACAUUGUAGGAAAAUGUUUGCAUUUACGAGGCACAAUUCUUUAAAUUUAGGUGCAUUUGCCCCCGGAAAUAAGAUUCUAUUGGUAAGGAGUGGAGCAAGAUAAUGCAGAGUAAACUCAAAAAUUAAUCAACAAAUGAAAUUUACAUGGGUAAUUUAUGUAUCCAUACCCGUGGAGAAUGAUGUUAAAUUCAAAUACAGAUGAUAUAGUGCUAUCCAAAAUUACAGUGUUAUUUACUUAUGAUCUCAUUGAGGUUGGUGUGAGACUUUGAAGAAUUUAGGUUGUGGUUGGGUGUUCAUGAAAAAUCUCUCCUUGGUUAGAAUUAAGAUAUUUCCCUUUUGUUUAGUUUAGAUAUUUUAACUAAUUCAGUUAAUAAUAGAAUAUAUGAAUGAUUUCUGUGAACAUUGUUAUUUGAGAUAACAUGAAAAGUAGAAUCUAAUGUAGGAACUUUAAAGUGACAUCAUUAAGGAUUGAUAUGAAAUAUAUAUAUA